CGGCAAGCCUCAACUUCGAAGUCAAGACCGCAUCCAUUGUUUAUUUAUUAGUCCCUUUCUUUCGUUCUUUCCCAAGUCGUCUCCAUUGUAUAUAAAAUUCCCUUCUCCUGCGGACAUUCCAUACGCAUUGGCAGUGCGGCGUGUUUACGUGCACCACGCGACAGCAACACGGAUUAAGAUUCAUGUUGGGCAGCAUGACAGUUAAUUGAAGGGCAAACUCCCAUAAUGUGUGCAAGUCCAGCGCCAUCGGUGCCGCGAUCGCGCGUCAAACCAUUACGAACAUAUGGCAAACGAAGCAUUCGGGACGACUCACCGAAAGAGCCAAACACCAAGAAACAAAGGGUAUUAACAGAAGUAACAGCUUCUGAACCAGCAUCCAAAGGCACAGACACGGCGCCGCUGGAGAAGGUCACAGAAGAGGCGAAGAACACACCUGAAUCGACAACAACGAACAAACCCACUACCGAGCCAGUCAAGAAAGGAUCAAUCUUGAACUUCUUCAAACUUGUACCUCCAUCGUCUACAGUUACCUCCAGCCCAAAGAGCGACGAGUCUCAACCCGGAACCACACCCCCAUCCUCACCACCGCAACCACCAAAGAUAGAAUUGCGAAAGAAACCACGCCUACUACGCUUCCGCGGCACAUCAACACCAUUACUAGACGACGAGAACACAGGAGAUCAUACACAAGGCGAGGACACAGAAGCCGAAGACUCCGGCACCAAACCCGCUCGACCAACUGCUCGGGAGAACUCUUUACAGCGUGAAUCGAGCACAAGCGAUAUAAAACCAGGAAAGAGGGGGAAGGCAAAGACACCGACUGUACAAACGACACUAAACUUAUCGUCACAAGCAGCGUUUUCGGAGUGUAAGGUGUGUAAUACUGUGUGGAAUCCGCUGUAUCCGGAUGAUGUGAAGUUUCAUACGAAGCAGCACGCGGCUGUUUUGAGGGCGAAGAAAAAAGAGAAGGAGAGUGAAUUAUAGAACUUGAUACCCAUUUAUGAAUGAUGAAUUGCAUUAGAAUCGAA